AUGUCCAACGUGAACGAUCAGCCUGUUACGGACACUCAGUCCGCGCAGGCAAUUGCCCCUGUAGCUACUACAAAAUCACCGCUCCUAGCGUCAUCCACGGGAGCGUCAACCCCAGCCUCGACGUUGAGCGCUGCGCCUGCCUCGGCAUCCCUUCCAGCAAAGCCUGUUCCCGUCUCGAAAGCGCCCAAGAUCCCUACGAGCGAGUAUGACUACUAUAUCGUUCUCGACUUUGAGGCGACAUGCGACGAUAACAAGCCUGCCUCGGAGCUUCUGGUCACUUCGGCAACUUCGGAAAUCAUCGAGUUUUCAUGGCUCUGCGUCGCAAAGAACAAUUUCGCAGUUCUUCACGAGGAGCAAACAUACGUUAAGCCUGUCUCAACACCUCUCACGCCCUUCUGCCAGCACCUGACCAAGAUCACGUCCGAGACUCUUGAAAACGCCGGCACGCUUCUCGAUGCCAUUAAUAUCCUUGAUUCCUAUAUCACCACGGAAAUCCUGGACAAGGGCAAGACGUUCUGCUUUGUUACUCAUGGCGCCUGGGACCUGCGCAUCCAAUUACCACGAGAAGCCAAGGAAAAGGGCAUCACCUUGCCUGCGUACCUCAAGGAGCCCAUACUUUUCGAUCUCAAGGAGGAGGCCACAAAGUGGAUUGCGCAUCACUCAGAGGUCGUCCUCAAGUCUUUCUCCCUCGAGAAGAUGUGCGAGGCCUUUGCAGUCUCGCUCGCGGGUCAGCUGCAUUCAGGACUCGACGACGCCAAGACCAUUGUUAACAUCAUGAAGUAUCUUGUGGCAUUUGCCCAUACGGACGUGUUUACACAGGCAACGGACCCAGCCCAGACGCUCAAGAUGUUCAAGAUGGAGGAAUCCAAGAUCGUGCGCAUCUCGUCCUUGUCCUUUGACAUUACCCAGCCAGAGUUGGAAGCAUUCUUUGCCGCCAAAAAUCUCAAGCCCAAGGAACUAGUCAUGCAGUCUAACAACUCCAACAGACCCAGCGGUGGUGGAUUUGUUGUCUUCGAGAAGCACUCUGAUGCUCUGGCGGCUCUGGAGCUGAACGGAGCUCUCCUCGGACAGCGCACUAUCGAGAUUUCUCCUUCAAGUAAAGCAAGCAUGGAGGUUCUCAAAGGAAGGCUUUCUUCCUUUCAGAACACUUCUACCAAGAACACUCAUUCAACAGGAUCAAGACCCGGCGACUGGACAUGCAACAUGUGCCAGUUCGUCAAUUAUGCUUCAAGAAGAGCCUGCCUGAAGUGCCAGUCCCCUUCGCCUGAAGGCGCUGUACCUUCCCAGCCAUCGAAUUUUACCUCUGGAGACUGGAUGUGCCCUAGCCCCCAAUGCUGCUUCCACAACUACGCCUCACGCACACAAUGCUUCAAAUGCCAGACGCCAAGGCCUGGCACAUCUGGAAACGGAAACAGCUAUGGGAAUGGAGGCCCUGUGGCUUCACCUCAUCACCACUCGCAUCAUUCUCAUCAUCAUCACCCGUAUGCGUCUGGUGGAGGAGGAGGAGGAGGAGCUGGAGGAGCUGGUGGACACUCUAUCACCUUCCGUCCCGGCGACUGGAACUGUCCGAACUGUAAUUUCCAGAACUUUGCUUCCAGGACGCAGUGUAUGAAGUGCAGCACACCCGCGCCGUCCGGUGGAAGCGGCAGCCAUUCUGGAGGCGGCGGAGGCGGUGGUAGUGGAGGUGGAUACCGAAGCAACAAUUCUGGCUAUGGAGGAUACAGCGAUCACAGUGGAGGUGGUGGUAGCUAUGGAGGCCAUCAAGGCAGUCGCGGCGGCGGCUCUUAUGGUAGCGGUGGUGGUGGAGGCCAGUAUGGCAGUCAAGGUGGUGCUGGGCAAUCCUAUGGCGGCGGCGGUGGAGCGCCUGGGGGACAAGGCGGUCACUCGUUCCGCCCUGGCGAUUGGAGCUGUCCAUCUUGCAACUCUCACAACUUCGCGUCCCGAUUCCAGUGCAUGCGUUGCGGCUUGACGAAGCCCUCCCAACGCGACUCGUCGCCGGCAUCUAGCUAUGCCCCAAUGAAUCCAAUGAAGCCCGGCGAUUGGAUUUGCCCGAAUGCUCAGUGCGGAUACCACAACUUUGCGAAGCGAGCGACUUGUGCUCGAUGCGGUGCCAGUGCACCCAAUCAGGGCGCUCCUAGUGGCGGCAAUGCCAGUUCGGUUGGAAACCUGGGCUACUAUGGAACGCAGCAGCACCAUGCACCUCCUCCUCCACAGCCAGCGCCUGUCCCAACACCAGGAUAUUCGCCGAUGAACCCUUCAUACGGUAGCUAUGGUGGGCCGACUUAUGGAACCCAGCAACCACAGCAAGGAUAUGGGUCCUAUGGGUCACAGCAGUAUGGACCACCCUCGAGCCGUUACUAA